AUGGUGUCAAUGGAAUGGACAGAUAUAAUUGCAAAUUCAGAAACUCUAUUAAUAAUUGAUGAUGCUCAUAAUAUAUUCCAUGUAGAGGAAUUUUGGUCAAUGUUCAAAGCUCAGUCAGUUCAAUCAGGCUUCCAAAAUAACAAUCUUUGUGGACUUCUUGCAACAUCUACAUAUGGUGUCCAAGCAAUCAGAUUGGGUAAUAUAUCUUCUCCAAGUUGCUUCACUGUUAAGUACUACUUUAAGGAUAUUGUUUUGGACUAUAGUGAAUAUAUAGAGUUAGUUAAUGAAUUUAGAAAGGAUUCAAAGGGUGACCACAAGGAUUUGGCAUUGUCACAGACAUUUAUAGAUGCAGUAUGGAGUGCAACACAAGGACACAUAGGUUUAUGUCGUUUGGCAUUAAAUGAACUUACAAAGGCUCCCAAAAAUUGGGUAGGGGAUAUUGAAUUGCAACUAUCUCAAUUUAUUUUCAAUGGACAACUUACAAAACAAUUGGAAAAUUCCAGAGCAUUUGCAGGUAUAUCAAUCUUGAAAGAGCUUACAGGAAUAAAUUUAAGUGAAUUACAGAAUAUUUUAAAGGAAGUUAUCCAAAAGGGUUAUGUGCCUUUAAAUGCUAUUAAUAGUAACUUCUUAAGUUCUCUUUUGAAAGUUGGGGUGUUUAAUGAAGAUGGAUUAAAUCUAUUUUUUAGUUGUCCUAUUGUUGAACAGUUUUACCGAAAAGAAUACAUCAAAAAUUUUAUCCAUCCAUCUCCAUGUCUUCUGCCAUCAUUAUCUCAAGUUGAACAAGAGGGUAUAACAGAAUUUGUGUACAAGGUGUUAGAGAAUUUUGAUGGAAGUUUGUUAAGAUCUACCUUUUCUAGGAAUUAA